ACUUUCGGGAAUGUUAUUGAUGAAAUGGUUAUGUAUCGUAUUCCUCUUGGUUCACUACAUUUAAAAGUUCAUUAACUACUAAUUAGAAAUUUGCUGCGCUUUGAUUAUUUUUCGUUUCGAGUUUGUUAAAUGGCGAAGUAUUAUUCACAUUUGCAUCCUGAGGUAUUAAAAGCACAGAAUGCGCUGAAGGCGUCGACAAUGGGGAUGAAAAUGCAUUUGAAGGUGCGCACUCCAAACUAUGCGAUAAAAUGUCAUCAAUAGUCUGCAGGGCUUUGCGCUUGAAAAGUCGUACUUCUUCAUCUGACAUUUUGAGAAGAUCCGGUAGCAUGCUAAAUAGAAACAUUUUUAAACCUUCUGUUUUUGGAUCCGGGUUAAUGUGAUCUAAUGAACUCAGUGUCCUGGCUCUUUUGGCUUCGAAAUAUUCCAGGAAUGCUUUAUCAACUGGGUUCUUAAAUCCACGUUUUUUAUUUGUCUGAAUUGAUGGUGAAGACUCACACUGACUGUGAGUAGUAGUGUUCUUCUUGUUUUGAAACAUAUCAGUAUUUAAAGUUGUGUUUAAUGGCGUGGGUGAUGGUGCUGGUGUAGUUGGGUUUGGCGGAGACAGGACCGCCGGUAGUUGUUGAAUUAGCGAUAAUGGUACUGAAUCUUCUUCGGUGGCCGUCAAAUUAAAUUCUCUAGAUUUCUCUAGACCACCUUUUCUUUCUGGUGGGUUCGACAGAUUUCCCGAAAGUGUACCUAAUGCUUUUAUAUACGGUACGGUAAACCGCAUAGAUUCCAUUAAGUAAUAUGGCUUUUUUGUUUUCGUUCCUGUGCCACUUACGGCAGGUUUCAUGUGUCGCACAAACACGGCACGAAUGUUUUUCCAUCUCUCUCUGCAUUCAGCCGCUGUAAAAAAAAAAAAAUUCGAGUAUUAUUCCAAUCGAUUUUCAAAAAUGCGCAGUAUACACCUAAUUAGAUUAUCGAGUGUUGUAAUUUAAAUUUUAGUCGUAAAUCGAAAAAAUAAAAAAUAACUUAAAUGUAAAAAUUCUAAAUAAAAAUCAAUUGAAUCGUUCAAAUUAAACGCAUGCUAUAGAUACUUGGGUACUGGUGGAAAAUUUGCGACACUUGCAAUUUAUUUCGCUCGAGUAGUCCACUGUUGAAGGACACGUACCGUACACAGGUACCGAAUAAAGACAGCAGUGGAGAGCAACAGCAGUGCGUUUCGAAACGCUCUGAAAUCUUCCAGACCGUGUCGGGGCAAUCGAUGGCGAACACACGCCAGGGACUGAGAAGUAUGCGAAUAGCGGUUUUUCCAAUUUUACAAAUCGCAUCGUUCGACAGCGUUAAUGGCUUGCCGUGACACCGCCGGUUUAGUCGCUUAAGAUCGAAACUGGUUAUGCCGGAAGAAGUAUUGAUGGUGCAUAUUUAGGGCCUCAGCAGUGAAGUAUUGGAUCCGAAGCGCUGAAGCGCUUGAUGUAUUCCCCCUCCGUCGCCAUUGACACACGAUGAAAACUGCGGCCCGUUUCCAUAUUAUUUCGUUGCCGAUGAAGCAUUUCCGUUGUCAGGAUAUUUAAUGAGACCUUACCCUCAAAAGGAUUUUGGAACGCAACUUACUCACUUAUAAUUGAUGGGUUUUUUUUUUUUUUUACUGUUUACACGAUAACCAUUAUCUUAAUAAAUAGUUAUGAAUGAAAAUAAUCUGCGUACAAGAAAAUUACGAAAAUAAAUUAUUAUGUUCGACACGUGCACCUCUAAUGCAUUGUAUAGAUUUAGCUAUAGUAUCUAACGGUAUUGGUGCCGAUGUUCCGUCCCGGGGGAAAAAAAAAAAACAUGCAAUUUAGCUAAAAAUAGACGAAAACUAACGGUACUUGUCGGCUACGGAUACAAAAUAAAUAUCUAACAAUAAUAUCAUAAAGAACCGCUAUUUUAGCGUUUUUCGAUACCAAAUUAAUGUUUAUAAAUAAUACAACGCGUAACACAUUAUAUGGGCGCGUAUUCGAUUUAUUCACCAUCGAUUUUUAACAAAUAAUGCAUACAAGUUUGUCGUAAACAAACAGUUCUAUUGAAUUAAAAUUGUUACCUACCUGUCAUAUUCACUGUUUUUCCGACUUCGUCCCAUGCCAUUUCCGUCUCAUCUUUCCUAGAAUAGCCAGAAAGGGUAAAGUUGUACAGAACGGGACGUUUCUCUACUUCUUCUACCAACUUAACGUUAAUUGUUUGUUCGUUCAUUUGUUUACUUUAAUAGAAGAAAUCGGAAUCUGAUAUAAUAUAACGUUUUGAAAGACGAAAAUAAGAUUUUGAAAAAACGCACAACUCGUCGCGCGUGCGUGACGCGAAUAAGCGAAUCACUUGGAACUGAUCACUGGCGCGUUGGCAACUAAUUGGUAAUUAGUAGGUAACCAGUAGCGCCGUCUGUUGUCGUCCGUCGAACAACAUAAGUCGUGACUCGAAGCGGACCGGUUAACGAUUCGCGUCAGCAAUCGAUUUCUAAAUGCAUCGCGUGUUUUGACGGCCUGACACGACGCAUCGCUGUGCGUUUGGAAAAAUCUCUUUCGACAUCGCACGAUACAAUCGGAGCCAUAUUGCUAUCUAAAACCCGACCGACAGUUCGUCUCCGUCAACUUCGUUUAUUAUCUCGCUGUUGAUUGUACCUACGAAUUGAUGAAUUCAAACCGCGGGUAUAAUCACAGUAUCGUUGUUCCGUGAUUAUACUAUCGAUUUUUUUUUAUCAAUUCAGAAUAUUCACGAUUUUUCGAGAGUUCCGCUCGUCGGUUUUGGAUGCGGCCAACGAAAUCUAUCCUUGACCCUUUUUCUUCUAGCCCAUUUUUUUUUUUUUUAAAUAUUUCGUACGAACAAUAGACUAACGUAACAUAGGUUUUUUUUUUUUUCGUUUUGUCAGUUUCUAUAAGAUAAACACUGAUCGUGUGUUGGAAUAACGGCAAGCUCAUUUUUCAACUAAAGUUCGAAAUAAAUUACCACGCACGUUCUCAAUACACUGCGCGUCGUUUUGGUUAUGUCACCGUCGAAAUGUUUCCCAUAAUAAAUGGGCUGCUUCGGGCCGCGCGCUUAACCCGACGUGUCGAGUAAUAUUGUUGCUGAUGGUAAACCGUAUAUAUCAUGAUCAUUACGAUACGAGGCAUGAAUAUAAAUCACGAUUCGUGAUAUUAUUAGUUGGAACGCAUAUGUCGCUCAACGUUUGCGGCCCAAAUUCAAUGAGAACGGUCGGCGAAUUAGGAAAAAAAUUGCAAGUUCGAAGCGUGUACACAAUUGACGAAAAUGUCUAUACUAUUUUUCACUAGACAAAAAUAGUUUUUCGCGCACGCAGCCUGAGCGUACGGAUCACUCGCUACCGCUUUCGUCGUCGACGGCAGUCCGCAAAAUUAUACCUGGCCCGAUAGUGGUAGAAGCCUUGGGCGUGGGGAUGCGCAAGAAUGACUGGUUUUCGUCGAGACUGUCUACCGUUCUUUCGUCAAAAAUUGUAUACCUGUUGAAUAAAUUAACAUUUAUAUGAUUUGUAAUAUAAUAUUAUUCUAGUUUUUUUUUUUUUUUUUUUAGAUUUUACAAUUACAGAAUUUGCAUUAUCAUUAAAAUGUACAUAAAUUUAGUAUUUAGGUAACCAGUAUCCAUAAUAUUUCUAAAUAAAGAAAAUAUUUUUUUAAUUUUUUUUUUGUCACCUAUACUUUAUAACCUUAACAAAAUACCUGUAUGAUACACAUUUUUUGUUGUGUACCUACAACUAUGAAAUAAAUAAAUUAUAGAUAAGUACUUGAUAACAAAUAAACUGUAACGUAAAGAUCUUUUAAUUUAACAAAACCCUUAUUUUCUUAAAUAAAUAUGCCUUUAAAAGGGUUAAAUGUGUUAGAAUUUUCUGGUCUGGCACCGGUACCUGCCAUUGGACAUAUAUUAGUAGAUUUCGGAGCAAACGUUACUGUAGUACAAAGAGUGAGUAAUAUGUUGCCAUUUAAAUAUAUUUAAUAAGUAAAAUAAAUAAAUGACCAAAAUACAACAAUGUGGUAAAUAGAUUUUUUUGUUUAAUUAUUUUUGUUUUGUAGAAUCUUGUAGAUAUGGGAAUCGCUCGAUUAAUAAACUGUGGUAAAAAGUCCAUAGGUGUUAAUUUAAAACACCCACAAGGAGUUAAAAUCAUAAAGAAAUUAAUUACUGAAACUGACAUUUUACUUGAACCAUUUAGACCGGGUAAGAAUAGUUAAUGCUGUAGCAAUAUCUCAUUAUUUAACUUUAUAUCUAAUAAAUAAUAUUGUUUUAUUAAAAAAAAAAAAAUAUUAUAUUUUAUUUUACAAGGUGUAAUGGAAAAACUAGGCUUAGGGCCCAACGUAUUAAUGGAAGAAAAUCCACGUUUAAUAUACACUCGAUUGAAUGGCUAUGGUUCGUAUGGAGAAUAUUCACAGAGAGCUGGGCAUGAUAUUAAUUUCUUAGCUAUGUCUGGUAGGUAAAAUUUGGUACCUACACAAGUAUAUAACAUAAAUAUUGUUAAUAUUUUAUUAAUAAUGAUAAAAAAAAAAAUUCAAGGCCUUUUGUCAUUAUAUGGUUCCAAAAAACCUAAAGGUCCUGCAAAUUUCUCAGAAUUUGCUGGUGGUAGUCUGGUGUGUGUAAUGGGAAUUUGUAUGGCCAUCAUAGAGAGAUAUAGAAGUGGAAAAGGCCAAGUCGUCGAUGCUAAUAUAACUGAAGGAAUUUCAUAUGUCGGUAGUUGGUUGUAUUGUUCACAAAAUUCUGUUAUUUGGGGAAACGGAAAAGGCCAGAAUUUGUUCGUAAAUUUGUAUGUAUAAAAUUAUAACGAAUAUAAAAAUUAAUAUUUUUAUCAGACUGGAUGGAGGGGUGCACUUCUAUGAUACUUAUGAAACCAAAGAUGGAAAAUGGAUGGCUGUUGGUGCAAUAGAACCAGAAUUUUACAAAUUGUUUAUUGAAGGUUUGGGAUUAGAUAUUGAUAAAAUAGAACAAUUCAAUAAUUCUGAUAGUAACAGAGAAAUUAUUGCAAGAACAUUUAAAGAGAAAACCCGAGAAGAAUGGUCUAAAGUAAUAUAAUUUAAUUUGUUAAAGAGUGUAAGAACUUUUUUAUUUAUUAAUAAUUCAAACAAAUUAAACUCAUAGAUUUUUGAUUCAAAAGAUGCUUGUGUAACUCCCGUGUUAGAUAUUGAUGAAGUUGAUCAGCAUUCUCAUAAUGCAAGUAGAAAUUCAUUCAUAAGGAAAGAUAAUACUUUGUUACCUGUACCAGCACCAAAAUUAAAUAUUACUCCUGGUAUUUCGAGAGCAAAUGAACCAAUCGCCACGUAUGGACAGCAUAAUAGUGAAGUACUUAAAAGUAUUGGGUAUUCACAAAUUGAAAUUAGUAAUUUAUUAAAAAAUGGGAUCAUAUUUGAAGAAACAAAAAGUAAGUUUUAGACAAAUAUUUAUGCCUAGAAAUAAUAUAUAGUAUUGGUUUUUUUUUUGUGUAUUUUAUCAUAUUCAUUGUAGUUUUACAUAGUUUUAAAUUUUAAUACAGACAUUUUUGAUUGUAUAACCAUCUUAUAUAUUUAUAUUCAUUUGUAAAAUUAUCUUUAUUAUUUGGAAUAAAUUUAUGAUCAGUUCUGUUCCUGAAAUAUUUCAAUUCAUUCUUAUUUGUCCAUACACCUGAGGAUAAAAAAAAAUAAUAUAUUAUUAAGUUAGUUUAAAACAUAACAUUGAGUUAUAUAUAAUACAAUGGCUAUAAUUCCAAUUUUAAAGUCAACUGAGCCAAAUUUGAGUUAAGAAUUAUAUUUAAUCAAUGUAGAAUCAUAAAUCAAACUUGAUGAAAGUUUCAAUGUUUUAAUUUUAUAAAUUUUAUUCUUAAAGGAAGUAAUUUUUUUCCCACUUAGUAGAACACUAAAAAAUGUCAUAAAAUGGGUAGAUAUUAUAUUUGGUACCAUGUGAUUUUAUAUUUUAUAUUGAUAAUAAAAAUGAUUUGAUCAUUUUUUAUUAUAUUCAUUAGCAUGUAAUUGUGUACAUUAUAUUUUGUUUCAUGGAGUGAAUGGUCAAAAGAUGAUUUUGUGAAAUGAUAUUCACUAAAGAAAAUUAUUA